AUGUGCUCUCAUACUGCACACAUGUGCGCGCGCAUAUUCAUCGAUUAAUAAGUAUUUCUCAGCAGUCUCUUUGUCUUCGUCUACUUAGCCAACGUGCGCUAACAUCAUUUAUGUCUACACGUAAUUUGAAAUUGUGGGGUUUAGCAGAAUUUGUUUCUUCAAGUGACAACGAAUGUACGCAAGAAGCAGAGGAAGAGGAUUGUAAGACGUUGGAUAAUGAGAACACAUUUUCUGUGACUGGGGCUCCUGGAGGGGUGUCAGGGUCGGCUUGGGAAAAGUUUCGAGAACUUAGUGAAAGACGUGAGAAAGAGGCGACACAUAGACCUAAGAGAAAAAGGCGACGGAAAAGCAAUGCAAUGAAGACAUCAGAUAAUGAAAAACGUGAAAAGUGUUGCAUUGUUGAUCUUACAACUCAUGAAGACAGUGCAGAUGAGAAUCAAAAAGGAAACGUGAAGAAAAUGCAUUGUACAGAAGCACAAGGAAAAUUGCCUCAUUUUGAAAGUCCUCGUUCAACAGAUGAGACCGAGCAAAACUGGACAGAGGUGAAAAAGUACUUUGAGAUCAACUCUCAUUUGAAUGGUGUUGAUCCUGGCAGACAUGCUUCUAAAACUGGACUAGAAAAAUUGAUUGACAAAGCAGUUGAAUUAGGAGAAUUUGAGCUAGCCGAGCAGUACAGUGAAGAGCUGGCUACGAGAGACUUUGCGGUUAAAGUUUCUAAAGCAUUUGACUGUGUGAAGUACAUCAAGCGAAAGAGUAAGGAGAUUGAGAAAAGAGACAAGAAGAAGAAAAAGAAAUUGCAGUGGGGAUUUGAUGGGAAACAUCGUUGGGAAACAAAAAGUAACAUGUGA